GAGAGCCGAGGCCUCCUAGCUUGUAUUGUGCAUCGCCGCCGGAAGCCGGAGACACACACCGAACACAAAACCGCUCUCAUUUUACCAAAUCCCCCGUCGCAACUGCCACCGUUUCCCACCAAUGGACGUGGGAUCAACCGGCGCCACCUCCGCCGACUAUUUCUCACCGGAUGGCGCCAUAUUGCGAUGGAAAUUCACGGUGUCGAGGCAGUACCAACAUUUCCUCGACAAGACCACGCCGCACAUGCUCCGCCGCUGGAUUGGUUCCUUGAUCAUCGCUUGCAUCUACGUUCUGCGCGUAUACUUGAUCCAAGGCUUCUACGUCGUCUCCUACGGCCUCGGAAUCUACAUGCUCAACCUCCUCAUCGGCUUCCUUUCCCCUCAGGUUGAUCCCGAAAUUCAGGAACUCUACGACGGUGCCACUCUCCCCACCAGGGGCUCCGAUGAGUUCCGUCCCUUCGUUCGCCGUCUCCCUGAGUUCAAGUUCUGGUAUUCAAUCACGAAGGCAUUUUGCAUUGCCUUUGUGAUGACUUUCUUUAGUGUGUUUGAUGUUCCAGUGUUUUGGCCAAUACUCCUUUUCUACUGGGUAGUCUUAUUCACACUUACCAUGAGAAGACAGAUAUCACAUAUGAUCAAAUACAAAUAUGUGCCAUUCUCAUUUGGGAAACAGCGCUAUGAUGGAAAGAAAGCAUCGGCUGAAAGCGCAGGCCAUUCAACGGACUAAAAUUUUCGGCUUGAUUGAACGUUAAUGGCUUCAGGUCACAGCCUUGCUGGUGGCUUGUUAUCAUCUGCAGUAAAUUUUAACAGGUUGAGCAAUCUGAGGAUGUGAUUGUAGAAGAAGAUUGCAUUGAGAAUCCGACAUUGAUGUUGGCAUCUUGAUGUUCUACUUCCAAGUGAGCAAUUGUUUGGACAUCUUUGGAAGUUUUGACGCCCCAGUAAUGUUUUAGCUUUGGGGAAUAUUUGGGGUUUUUGAAGUCCUUUACAUUCUCCUUUCCCCUUAGUGAUAGUCCUUUCGUAGUGUAAUAACGAAAAUCAGACACAAAGCUUGUGGACAAGGAAUCCCCUCAUUAUUAUAUUUGCAAAUUGCAAUGGGGUUAUACUGAUAUAUAUUUUACGUUGUAUUUUGUUAUUCA